GAAUUGCCUGUUAUUUUUAUGGCCGCUGCCAUUGUCGCUGCUGUGGCCAUAAUAAUACGAAAAGUAAACAAAGUUGCUGUUGGCUGUCGUCAACAUCAACGCAACACAACGCAACGCAACGCAAUGCUUUUCUAUCCAGCUCGCCAAACUGUACUCAAAAUAAUAGCAACUACAGCUACAACUACAACUACAACGACAAAGACGACAACGGCUACAACAAUGUUUUAUUAAGUUUCACGAAAUAUAUAUGAGCGAAAAGCUCUAUGCCUCGUUUGCUGAGACAGCAGCAACAGACAGCGGAACAGAACAGAACAGAACAGAACUAAACUGAACUGAAAUGAACAGAACAGACAGAACAGAAACCAACACAAACAAAUAACACGACAAAACGAAAAGAAACCGAACACAAAACCCCAGCAGAAAAGGCAAAAAAGCUGAAAAAGAGUCGUUGAGAAUGCUCUUUGUUUGCCAGCUCAAAAAUAAAUAGCAAUAGUACAUAUAUCUAUAUACAUACAUAUGUACAUAGAUAGGAAAGUAUAAAAAUCAAAUAUUGGAGUGGCUAACGAAACUUCAAGUUGCCAUUUCUUGGGCACUUUACGUGCAACAUGACAGCAUGCCACUUAAGCCACUGGUAAUCGGGGUGUGCGUUAACAUUUCUCUAAGGGCACUGUGAGGCACAAUACCGCCAGCGAAUAUGACCACCUCAACGCGCAGCAGCAGCAACACAAAUAGCAGCAACAACCACAGAAGCGAGCACGAGGAGCGAACCACCGCCAACGGCACCACCGCCUACAACCACCACAGUCCAACGGGUUCGGGAUCGGGAUCCGGAACAGCAGGCGCCUCCAUUGGCUCCACCAACCGAGUGAUGCAGGCGGACGAGGACUUCAACAUCCGCUUCGUCAACCUGGUGCGCACCCACAAGUGUCUCUACGACAAGAAGGUGCCCGAGUACCGCAACAGGGAUAACCAGGAGAAGGCGUGGGUGCUCAUUUCAAAGGAGACAAGAGAAAGCGUGAUCCAUUGCAAGGAGCGAUGGCGAAACCUCCGCGCCUGCCUCUCCCGCUACAUCAAGCAGCAAUCCGGAUCGGAGCCGCAGCACAAGCCAUACUACCUGACCGAGCACAUGGCGUUCCUACUGCCCUUCCUGAAGUCCAGCCGCAACUCCCUGGAGGGAAACAACGGCCUGGCCACUCUCUACCAGUUGUCCCAGCAGCACCUGCAGCACCAGCCCUUCCUCCUCCACCCCGCACUCCAUGCCACCGAGGAGCACAAAUACUGCGCCACCAACAACAUCAAUAAUAAUAAUAAUAACAGCAUCGGCAAUAACGGCGAGAGCAUGGAGGUCUUGGAGAUGAAGUACUCGAUAUCGGAGAAGGAUGAUGAGGAGACCAUCGACGCCUUUGAUCCCGCGGUGACCAACACCCUGGGUAUGAAUCGUACUUCGUCCACGCCCACUCGCAGUUCCGUCCAUCAAGGGGGCGGAGGCAAUUCACCAGCCAGGAGCGAUACCGCCAGUGCGGACAGCAUGAAGAACUUCAUUCCAGAUGUGCAGCUGGCCGAGACGGGUUCGCAGCUCAUCUACAGCGAUGGUGGACAUGGCACACCGCCGCCCCUUCACUAUCACCCGCACUCGCAUCCGCAUCCUUUGACCAUGUCCAUGGAACACCAUCCAGCGUCCUUCGAACCGGGCAGCACGAAAAGAAUCAAGACGGAAUGCGAGGCCACCAGCACGAUGACGAAUGCAGGAAGUGUCUACGGCGGACUGAGUUCCUCGGAAGUGGCGGACAUGGAGUUCUUCCGCAGCAUUCUACCAGAUCUGGCGGCUCUUACUCCGCAGCAGCGUCGCAAGUUCAAGAUUGGCAUCCUGGAGCUAAUUGACGACGUAGUGACCCGAUAUCCCGUCCAGGAUCACAGCAACGGAGGAGGAGUAUCGGGCGUAGUCAACGGAAGUGGAGGAAGCAGCAAUGGAGGGUCUGUAAGGCAUCAAAGGCGCAGCUCUGGACGCGAUUGGAGGAAACAAUGAGGAAAUGGAGAGAGCAGCGGAAAGUCACUAAUCCUUAACUAGGAAUAGGAUAAGUUAAGUUAGGAGCUUAAGGGGGAACUGAAGCUGGAAUGGGUACUAAUUCGAAUCUAAGCUACUUCAGCCCGCUCACUGUUAAUGUGUUGUGUCUACUCAUUAGUGUGGGGAUGUUUUCAAAGGCCUUAAAUUCUUUAAAAUCCACGAUUUGUUUCGAUUUCGAACACACUUUUUAGAAUGGUCUAUUUAAAAAGAGUUUCAAUUACUUGCAUGACAACUUUAAAAUCAAUACAUAUUUUAACAAUUUCAUUGCUUAUGAUUUCAUUCAAGCUAUUCCAAAAAAUAAUUCUACGGAGUGUUUCUAAGUCGGACACAUUUCAACGAACAAGAAGUAAUGAGGCCUCAUUAUAAGCCAUUUAGAUCUGAACGAAGCAGUUGAGGACAGUUUAAGUAAUACUAAUAAUGAUUAAUUUGGUGUUUUCAAUUGGCUGCUUCGUAUAGGUCGAAAAUAUGUUAGUUUAAGAAAAUUGUAUAUAUGCUGCUAUUGAAACCUAAACUAUAGAAUCUGUGUACAAAUGAAUUUCCGUUUAAGUAAAACAAAGAGGGAUAAAGAGCUAGGUCGAUAUCAAACUGCUGUGUGAAAUAAUAAACAAGUGAAAGUGUGGAAAAUUA